AGGAAGAGCACCCGCGAGGCGGCGGCGGCGGCCGAGUCGGUGGUGGCGGUGGUGGAGGCGAAAGCGACAGCUCCAGAGGGUGGCAGCCGCCCCGAGAGCAGGAUGCGGGUCUGGGUCGGGCUGACGCUGCUACUCUGUGUGGUGCUGCUGGGCUCGGCCUCGGCGUCGUCGGAUGAGGAAGGAGGUCAGGAUGAAUCCUUAGAUUCCAAGACUUCUUUGCCAUCGGAUGAGUCUGUAAAGGACCAUGGCACAACAGGCAGAGUAGUGGCUGGUCAGAUAUUCCUUGAUUCAGAAGAAUCAGAAUUAGAAUCACCUAUUCAAGAAGAAGACAGCUUCAGGAGCCAAGAAGGGGAAAGUGUCACUGAAGAAAUCAGCUUUCUAGAAUCUCCAAAUGCAGAAAACAAGGACUAUGAAGAACCAACAAAAGUACAGAAACCAGCUUUGACAGCUAUUGAAGGCACAGCUCAUGGUGAGCCCUGCCGCUUCCCUUUUCUGUUCCUGGAUAAGGAAUAUGAUGAAUGCACCUCAGAUGGAAGGGAAGAUGGCAGACUGUGGUGUGCUACAACCUAUGACUACAAAGCAGAUGAAAAGUGGGGCUUUUGUGAAACUGAAGAAGAGGCUGCUAGAAGACGACAAAUGCAGGAAGCAGAAAUGAUGUACCAGACUGGGAUGAAAAUCCUCAAUGGAAGCAAUAAGAAAAGCCAAAAAAGAGAAGCAUACCGGUAUCUUCAAAAGGCAGCAGGCAUGAACCAUACCAAGGCCCUGGAGAGAGUGUCAUACGCUCUUCUGUUUGGUGAUUACCUGACACAGAAUAUACAAGCAGCUAGAGAGAUGUCUGAGAAACUGACUGAGGAAGGCUCUCCGAAGGGACAAACUGCUCUUGGCUUUCUUUAUGCAUCUGGACUUGGUGUUAAUUCAAGUCAGGCAAAGGCCCUUGUAUAUUAUACUUUUGGAGCUCUUGGGGGCAACCUGAUAGCUCACAUGGUUUUGGGUUACCGAUACUGGGCAGGCAUCGGAGUCCUCCAGAGUUGUGAAUCUGCACUGACCCAUUAUCGCCUUGUUGCCAAUCAUGUUGCUAGUGAUAUCUCACUGACAGGAGGCUCAGUGGUACAGAGAAUACGGCUGCCUGACGAGGUGGAAAAUCCAGGAAUGAACAGUGGAAUGCUAGAAGAAGAUUUGAUUCAGUAUUACCAGUUCCUAGCUGAAAAAGGUGAUGUACAAGCACAGGUUGGUCUGGGACAGCUGCAUCUGCAUGGAGGGCGUGGAGUAGAACAAAACCAUCAGAGAGCAUUUGACUACUUCAAUUUAGCAGCUAAUGCUGGCAAUUCACAUGCUAUGGCCUUCUUGGGAAAGAUGUAUUCAGAGGGAAGUGAUAUUGUACCUCAGAGUAAUGAGACAGCUCUUCACUACUUUAAGAAAGCUGCUGACAUGGGCAACCCGGUUGGACAAAGUGGGCUUGGAAUGGCUUAUCUCUACGGGAGAGGAGUUCAAGUUAAUUAUGAUCUGGCACUGAAGUAUUUCCAGAAAGCUGCUGAACAAGGCUGGGUGGAUGGGCAGCUACAGCUUGGUUCUAUGUAUUAUAAUGGCAUUGGAGUCAAGAGGGAUUAUAAACAAGCCUUGAAGUAUUUUAAUCUAGCUUCUCAGGGAGGCCAUAUCUUGGCUUUCUAUAACCUAGCCCAGAUGCAUGCCAGUGGCACAGGUGUGAUGCGAUCUUGUCACACUGCAGUGGAGCUGUUUAAGAACGUAUGUGAACGAGGCCGUUGGUCUGAGAGGCUCAUGACUGCCUAUAACAGCUAUAAAGAUGGUGACUACAAUGCCGCAGUGAUCCAGUACCUGCUGCUGGCUGAACAGGGCUAUGAGGUGGCACAGAGCAAUGCGGCCUUCAUUCUCGACCAGAGAGAAGCAACCAUAGUAGGUGAGAAUGAAACUUACCCCAGAGCUUUGCUACACUGGAACAGGGCCGCCUCUCAAGGCUACACUGUGGCUAGAAUUAAACUUGGAGACUACCAUUUCUAUGGAUUUGGCACUGACGUAGAUUACGAGACCGCAUUUAUUCAUUAUCGUCUAGCAUCUGAGCAACAACACAGUGCACAAGCUAUGUUUAAUCUGGGAUACAUGCAUGAGAAAGGACUAGGCAUUAAACAGGAUAUUCACCUUGCAAAACGUUUUUAUGACAUGGCAGCCGAAGCCAGUCCAGAUGCACAAGUACCAGUCUUCCUAGCACUCUGCAAAUUGGGCGUGGUGUAUUUCUUGCAAUACAUACGGGAAACAAAUAUUCGAGAUUUAUUCACUCAUCUUGAUAUGGACCAGCUUUUGGGACCUGAGUGGGACCUUUACCUCAUGACGAUCAUCGCGUUACUGCUGGGAACGGUUAUAGCUUACCGGCAGAGGCAGCACCAAGACAUGCCUGUCCCCAGGCCUCCAGGGCCACGGCCAGCGCCUCCACAGCAGGAGGGCCCACCAGAGCAGCCACCGCCACAGUAACAGCCACUGUGGGCAGCCUUGAUCAGUGACAACCAAGGAGAUUGUUUGCUGAGAACACUUGCAUUUGAUUUACAACUUUGGAUCAGUGGCCAUCUCCUGGAAGAGGCACAUGGAAGCAUUGAAUUCCUAAAGCUGCUUAGAAUCUGAUGCCUUUAUUUUCAGGGAUAAGUAACUCUUACCUAAACUGAAUGUUUGUUUCAGUGCCGAAUGGAAUAACAACUCUCAAUGGCUUUCCUUGUUUCUUCUCCUUCUCAUUUUAUUCUUGUUCUUUUUUUGUUUUUCUGGAAACAUGAGACACAGUCACGUCUACUCUUAUCCAGCUCUCUUUUCUGGGUCCUUUGGGUUAUUCGCUCAAUGUGCAUAAGUUCUUCUAUCAACCACCUUUAACGUCUUCUGCAUCGACACUAAAAACUGAUCAAUGUAAAAAAGAAAACCCAGUUAGUUGAAAGUUUAACCUUAACAUGUUUGAAAGUCUGAAACUAGAACUUGCCUUUUAAGUAAAAAAAAAAACAAAAAAAAAAAAACACUUCAGAAUGUUUCAGAACAUCAAUAACUGAGAAACUUUACCAAUCCACAUGCAAGUAUACAUAUUCAGCAUAUUGUUAAUUUAUAAGGGACAUUUGGGAGAUUUCCUAUUACCAGUGACUGUCCUGCUUUUUACCAUACUUCCCUCCUUCAACGACUGAAAGGCCUUGUUAAAGAGUUUCAUGUGACCUUCACUUCUCUGAAAUGGAAUAUAUGAGACAUUGUGAACCAACUCCUUGAGCUAACAUGUGAAUUUGUCCCACCUACUCAAUAUAAUUUGCUUGUUUGUUUUGAGUGUAUAGAGCUUGGAUCUGGAAGCCAGAGGAUGGACUAAGUGAAAGAAAUUAGAAGAUAAUAUGAAAGAACUCUGGGUGGGAUACUAAGAUCAUAGAAACACUUUCCUGAAAGUUGAAGCAUUUGUUCCCAGGAUUUAUUUUACUUUGCAUUUCUUAUUGCAAAAGAAUAGAUCACCCUCCUGAAUUCUUUAAAUAUGAAAUGUCAUUGCCAGAAUAUGGCAUGCAGUGACUACCAUUAUAAUACUAAAACUCAGAGGCUGUAAGAUGCGUUAAAUUCAGCAGUUGAGGAAAGCUCAAGCCUGUGUAUCCUGUUCAGGUAGAUUUUAUCUCUGCAGUUUUAUACUACAGUAGAAAGUCAUUCCCUUGCAUAGUUACCAUAUUCCCGCUGUUAACAUUAGGGAAAUGAAGGGAAUUGUGUGUUAAAUAGUAUGGAAGAAAAACAACAGAGAACAGAACUUCAUUUAUCAUAAAAAUGAAAAAAUUUAAACCAAAUUUGUUUUCUUUUGUCAGAUGGUGGUAUUCACCAACCUACAUCUAGUCUGAGACUGCCCGAGUAUCUGAGCAGGCUUUCUGUGCCUGCUGACCUCACUCUGUAUUAAUGUUUAUGCUUUUUCCAUAAUCACCCAUCUGCCAGAAAACUUGAAGUUUAUUAACUGUAGAGUUGUAAGACUUUGGAUUUUGAAUAUUUAGAACUAGAUUUAGUCUGUAAUGAAUAUGAAGGCUUUAAAUGUGAUGUUGUAUGCUUUUUUGUGUGUGUUUAGAGUAUUACGAGAAACCUGGUAAGCAAACUUUCCUCCCAAAUAAUUACUUCCAAAGUUGAAGAGGUGGCCAUGGAGAGAACCAUAUGUAUAAAAGCAUAUCUGAAAGGUAGGAAAUUUUACUCUGAAAAGUGUAAUAUCAUUUGGGGCAUCUCUUAAAUAUUAAGACUUGUUUGAUGUCUUAACACUGAGAUUUGAGUGCAGUUGGUGCAAGAUGUUGGCGACUUUGCCACUGCCUCCUCUCCCACCCUUCAAAUAAGUCGAGUCCGUUGUGGCAGCCACACUUCAUUUCAGAGGAACUGUUUUAAUUUAGUUAAGUGUUUUAAAAUCCUCUAAGAUGACUAAACCUUUACCAUCCACCUCAUUUCUCCUUUCACAAUUUUUAAUUCCUAUCUCUACUUCCCUCAUUAGUAUGUUGAAAAAGCAUUUUGUAAGACAGCGUGCGCCUGUAGCUAGGUGGCAAAGCACUGUUUUUCCCACAGUAAUAGACGUCCCAUGAGUUUACCAUUUGCCAUGUCCUUUUUAUUUCUACUAUUACAAACAUCCUUUUCUUGGCUUUUUUGCACCUCCUGUUUUACCCUGGGUCAUAUGCUACUGGAAAUUGGAAGGGUAUCUUUAAAAUAACUUGGUUCCUAUGGCUUCAUGACUCCAGUCCUUACGGCUGUCUCAAAAUACUUCACUCCCUUUUUGUUCAUGGGACAUGAUACCUAAGCAAAUAGGAACUGGGUUUGGUGUUUCUCCUAAAAUAAUGCUCAAUAUUUACCUAAUCAAAUGGCAUCCAUUUGAAUAAAAUGACCGUAACUAAAGCUAGUUAAUGUCAGUGACAUUAAACUAACUCCAGGAUUCAGGAGUUUUAAUGUUAGAAUUUAGAGUUAGCAGCUAGAGUGUAGCUUCAUUUCUCCUUGGCAGCCUGUCCCCAGGACCCCUUUGAUAGUCUUGUCUUCCUGCCUUUGAAGGUGAUACAGUGGUGGUCUACUUAGUUAUCUUCUCCUGUUAUCUGCUUUGUUGGUUAGUAAACUGUUUUAAUCUUGAGGCUAUCAUUUUACUUUUAUUUUAUGUUACAAAGGUAGCAUUGGUCUUCAGAUUUUUUUCUUUCUGUGUUUGAAGUUUUUGUUUCUGUUUUCUGAGUUAAGUGUAUUUUUGGUUAAUAUUCAGUGGCACGAAGAAAGUAAAAAGCCCUUUUUUCCCCCAAAAAUUCACUAUUUAGCUCUUAAAUGAGAUUAAUUUAUGAAUCACUAAUCUUAAGUACUCUUGAGAAUUUGUUACCUUGUGCAUAUAAGGUUAAUUUGUGAAAGUUUUACUACUAAGCUGUUUUAUCUCUGUAUCAUUGAGAAGUUUUAGAGACUUCUACCCGUGAUCUGGUGAUGACCUGAUACUUUAUUUAACUAAGCAGUUGCUGUUGCCUCCAGAAAACUUAAGUAUUUUGUAUAGAAAUUUUUUUUUUUUUUGCUUUGUUUUUCCCUCCUUUCUUUGUUCUUCAAACCAGUGUUUUGGAAGUACGCAUGAAAGCCUGUAAGUGAAGAACACAACUCUUCAUGUGUAGCAUGUGUAUUAUCAUUUAGCUACAUCUGCAAAAGACUUCCUUUACAGAGGUUAGGACUAACAUUUCACAUGCACAUUUCAAAACAAAAUGCUUCAGAUAAACAGCCCCUUUACCUGCCAAGAGGAGCAUUGUGGGCUGCACUUGCCCCACUGACAGCUAGGAUUUGUUUUGAAAGUGGAUUUAAUAUUUAUUGCACAAUAUUAUGACUAGUGUGCAAGAAAUAAACUCUUGUUUUCAUGAAAAUUUUUUCAUCACUCAUUACUCUCGAAAAAAAGUGAAAAUAUAAAUUUCUGAAUACCAUAUUGUCCGAGGCACUACCUGAUUUUUAAAUGCGUAGUAGUCAUUGAAAAGAAGUUAAAUUUCUCUGUCUUGGUAUUUAAAGAAAAUCUAAAAUAUCCCAAGUAAAAAUCAUUUGUAUUUUAAAAUGACUGUUUGUACAAGUAAAUACUGAUUUUGUGCGCAUGAGAAGGGUAUCUUGGUUGUGUGCAGAGAGUCAUCUCAGAUGUACCAUUUUUCCUAUUUGGAAUGACAAACAAGCUGACACUAUGAUUAAAAAAAAAAAUCAAAAUGUUCACACGAUCAAGGUAUAACCACUAUCAAUAUUUAGGAGAAAUUUAAAAGGCCAUAAGCUGGCAUUGGAAGGAACACCACAACAGACUUUUUUGUAAAUUUAUUUUGUAUUUAAUUAAAUACAGUAUAAAGGCUGGUGAAGUGUAAUAUAAUUGUGUAAACAAAUCUUGUUAAUAGAGAGAUGUACAGAUUCAUUUUGUACUGUAUCUUGAAACUUGUGAAAUAAAGAAUCCACCUCUGGUUA